CUCCUCAAGUUACAUGCGUCACUCCAGUCCCCCACACUGAGCCACAACUGGCAGCACAUAUUUGCAUUAGACAUCUCCAUGGUGAUGUAGUCUGUCUGUACACACACACACACACACACACACACACAGGUGAGCUGGAGGGAGACAGGGUGUGGCUCAGAGCUGUCCCCUGCAGGUGUGCAGGCAGGAGGACUCACAGCACAGAGCGACACCAGCUGCUGAUACACAGAGGAGAAAAAACCCUUCAGGCGGCGCCGGAGGCUCAGAGGAAGAUGAACUGGACCUUUUUGGAGAACGUCCUCAGUGGGGUGAACAAGUACUCUACUGUGAUUGGUCGCAUUUGGCUGUCCGUGGUCUUCCUCUUCAGGAUCCUGGUGUACGUGGCGGCGGCUGAGCAGGUGUGGAAGGACGAGCAGAGGGAUUUCGUGUGCAACACGGAGCAGCCUGGCUGUGAGAACGCCUGCUUCGACCACUUCUUCCCCAUCUCACAGGUGCGUCUGUGGGCUCUGCAGCUCAUCAUGGUGUCCACCCCGUCCCUGCUGGUUGCCCUGCACGUGGCUUACAGGGAGCACCGGGAGACCAAACACAAGCGCAGAUUGUACCGGGACAAAGGGAGUAUUGAUGGAGGUCUGUUCUGCACCUACACAGUCAGCCUGGUCUUCAAGAUAGCCUUGGAGGUGGGCUCCCUGCUCGCCUUCUACUUCCUGUACAACGGCUUUGAGGUGCCCAUACUGCUCCGCUGCAGCCAGAGUCCCUGUCCGAACACCGUGGACUGCUACACCGCCAGAGCCAAAGAGAAGAAGAUCUUCCUCUACAUCAUGGGCUGCACAUCCAUCCUCUGUGUCGCUCUGAAUGUUGUGGAGCUCAUGUACAUUACAUGGAAGCAGCUGUGGAAGUGUUUCACCAGGCGCUACAUCCCAGUGGAGGAGAGCGCCCUCAGCCACAGCCGGCCUCCUGUUUCCAUUGUCAACAAGUUUGUCUCCGCUGAGCCCACAGCAAACACAGAGGACAGCAGCACACAGCCCACAUGUGAAAACCAGCCCGUCCAGUCCUCAUGUUCCGUCUCACAGUGAGAGCUGGUUUCCUUGACAACCAACACUGCUCACAGGAGUCCCUCUUCAACACCUGUACUACAAGAGAGGAGCUGUGGUAAAGCCGUGGUAUCAUCUGUCUAGUUACAGAUGAUGGAAAAUAUUAUUUGACUCUAACUCCAGAGUGAAGUCUCCACUUAAAGACUGGAAGGUUGUGAAGAUGUUUGUAUCAUGUCCUCUGUGAGGAGCUUUGUGAGGUGUGACAUAAUGACCUUGAUGAUGUCAUACUAAUGUGACAACGCUGAUGUCAUCAGGGUUAUCUCAGGUCAGGCGAGGAGACUACUCAUUUUUUAUCCUACAUUUUUUGCAGUUUGAAAGACGUGGGUGUUCACCAGGCAGGAAAGGUCCAAUGAAAGAUGCUAUGACGUAUCAUGGGAAAUGUAGUUUUACAAUUUGGACUAUACAGACACUAUACAGUCAGGAGGUCUUGGCUUCUAGUGCUUUAAUUUUGGUGAGGGUUGCCUCACAGCAAGAAGGUUCUGGAUUUGAAGCGGUGGAGUUUGCAUGCAUGUUAAUUUUAAUAAUCUUUUUAAAUUGCUUGUAAUAGACCUUAUUCAUGGCAGACAUUUUGAUGUGUCACAGCAGGAACAGACAGCACAAGUGAAACAUCUUGUUAAUGAUGGCUCAGUGUCACCAGUAAACUGGAAGCAGCUCAGUCACUUUUUCUGCUAUGACAAGCCAAAAUGGAUCUUGUGGAAAAAGUCUAUUAAACAAAUCUGAAUGGUCUAUAUCACUCCUCAGAACUGAUGAACUGGAGUCAUGUGUAGCUAUAAAUGAAAUCAGAAUAACUGGAAUUAUCCAUUUUUCUUUCAUUCCACCAGAUUUAUUUUAAAAUGUCGUUUUGUUUAUUUGCCACAUUUUCCCCAAUAAUCUUUUUUAUCACAGAUACCUUCAUGAGCUCUUUCAAGUUAACCUUAGUAACAUUUCAAUCGACUUCAUAAUACAUUUUAUUGUCAAAUUGCAGAUAUCAGUAGUAAUUCUCAUUGUUGAUAACUAGAAUGAAUUUUCAUUUAUCUCUAAUGUGUUUGUACAAAGUCACAUUAAACAAGUUUGUGUAAAAAUGCCACAGAAGUGAAAGAAAAAACUACAAAGACUAAACACUAGAAGUGUCUUUCUUAACCUGACUCAGGGUCAGUCAGCAGUUUGUACUAACUUAAGAUCAGUCAGUCUUCCUUUAGCUGUAAUUAAAUAUUGAGUGUAUUAUGGCUGUAGACAGUGUAUCCUAUAAAGAGCUGAUUUCAGCUGAUACUGUCAAACUGCAUUAGGUACUGAUCACUGUGUGAGAGGCAUGAAAAACAAAAUGUAUUUUCUCUCAAUCUAAAUGAAGCAUAAAAAUUAAGAUUAGUUUUUUUUUUUUUGCCAUGAACAUGUUAAGUGCAAUAAUAAAUGAUUAAGUCACCCUGAA